GCACGCAGCCCCGCCGUCGGCCCGCCGUUCUUGACUUUCGACCACCGCGCAGCCCCGCUUCACCCACGUCGAACACCCCGGCGUGCUCUGGCCGACCGCGUCUCUCACAAUGGCCGACUCGUGGGAGCAAGAGGAGGAGAGGCUCGCUGAGCAAGCCCAAAACCUCAAUAUCAACAAUUCGCAAGCGCAAGGGGGUUUCCGCCCCGGCGCGUCGUCCUUCACGCCCGGCGCACAAAGCUUCACCCCUGGCCAGGGGUACCAGCAAUAUGGCGGGGGAUACGGCAACUAUUACAACCAGCAGGCAUACGGAGGCUACCAGCAAUACGGAGGACAACAGGGCUAUCCACAGUACGGCCAACAGCAGUAUGGGGGCCAGCAAGGCUAUCCGCAAUACGGUUACCAGUACCAGCAGCAGCAACAGCAAUUUCAGCCCCAACAACAGCAGCAACGUCAGGCGCCGGUGCAGAUUGCGAAGAGGCCAGCAGCCGGCGGCAGUGGCUCGGAAUCCCCCGUACCUGCUCCUGCGUCUGAACAAAAACAGGAGGCUCAACCGAAGGCAAAGGUGUUGAGCAUCGGUGGAGAUGCUGCGCCCAAGGCAAAGGUUCUGUCUAUAGGCGCCGAGGCCGCCGCGCCCAAGGUUGAAAAGGCAGGCCAGACUAAAGUCCUCUCCAUAGGCUCGACCGCCCCGGCGCCGUCCUCCGUCAAGGACGGUGUAGACCCAAAGGCGCCCGAGGCCGGCGCAAAGGUCGCCGCCGCAAAAGCCAUCGAGAAGACGGGCGAGCCGACCAAGGCGUCUCCUAGCGCGUCUGGCAAGACUUCACCAACCCCAUCCACUGGACGGAGCAGCCCCUCUCGUGCCAGCGAUGCCAAGGCUGCGGCUCGGGCAGCAGACGUGGAAAAGGAGCAGGCCGAAGACGUCGAUGAGGAGCUCUUGGAAGAAAUGUAUGGCAAGGAGCACGUCAACAUCAUUUUCCUGGGCCACGUUGAUGCCGGCAAGUCAACGCUCGGAGGUAGCAUUCUCUACGCCACCGGCAUGGUAGACGAGCGGACUAUGGACAAAUACAAAAAGGAAGCUAAGGACGCUGGACGAGAGACGUGGUACCUGUCAUGGGCGCUAGAUCUCACCAAGGAGGAGCGGUCCAAGGGCAAGACGGUGGAAGUCGGCAGAGGCUUCUUUGAGACUGAUAAACGCCGCUACUCCAUCCUAGACGCUCCGGGCCACAAGACGUAUGUACCAAACAUGAUUGGUGGCGCGGCUCAGGCCGACGUGGGUAUUUUGGUUAUUUCAGCACGAAAGGGAGAGUACGAGACUGGAUUUGAAAAAGGCGGACAGACACGUGAGCAUGCUAUGUUGGCCAAGACUCAGGGCGUCAACAAGCUGGUCGUAGUGGUCAACAAGAUGGACGACCCGACCGUCGAAUGGUCCGAAGACCGGUACAAGGAGUGCACGACCAAGUUGAUGGCCUUUCUCAAGGGCGUAGGAUACAACCCAAAGACAGACCUUGCGUUCAUGCCCAUUAGCGCACAAACCACCGUCGGCAUCAAGGAUCGAGUGUCGAAGGAUCUUGCUCCCUGGUAUGGUGGACCGUCACUCCUCGAAUAUUUGGACAACAUGAAAGCUCUCGAACGCAAGGUCAACGCGCCCUUCAUGAUGCCUAUCGCUGCUAAGUAUCGCGACCUAGGAACAAUGGUCGAGGGUAAAAUCGAGUCGGGAGUCCUCAAAAAGGAUAGCAAGUACUUGAUGAUGCCCAACAGAGAGACCAUCUCCAUUGCUGCCUUAUAUGGAGAGCAGGAAGAUGAGAUUCAGGCAGCGACAUGCGGAGACCAGGUCCGAAUUCGUUUGCGAGGCGUCGAAGAGGAGGAUAUUCUACCAGGAUUCGUCCUGUGCUCUCCCAAGAGACCGGUACACUGUGUCUCGGCGUUUGAAGCACAAAUCGUUCUGCUCGAACUCCGGUCGAUCCUGACUGCAGGGUUUAAUUGCGUUUUGCACGUGCAUGCUGCUCAGGAAGAAGUCACAUUCUCUGCGCUCCUCCACAAAUUAGAAAAGGGCACUGGGCGUAAGAGUAAGAAGCCCCCGGGCUUCGCCACAAAGGGAAUGAGCAUCAUCGCACGGUUGCAGGUCACAGGCACCGCAGGAGCGAUUUGCGUGGAGCGUUUUGAGGAUUAUCCACAGUUGGGACGGUUCACACUGCGAGACCAAGGCCAGACAAUCGCCAUUGGAAAGAUUACCAAGCUCAUCACGGAUCCGUCGACAGUUUCUUAAACAAGCCAAAAGAGCCUUGCAUGGAUUGAAUCGGUAGACAGAGGGCUCUUGGUGGCGACGUCAGCGUUCGUAGCACAACGACGAUCGGAUUGUAGCGAUCCGACACAUAGACCAAAAGAAUAUGGAUGCGUAUCUCUGCUUCA